AUGUCCUCCCACCCCCUCGAGGUCCUGGACCUAGACCCAACCAAACCCAACCUCAACACAAGAGACCUAAACGCCAACCUCCUGCACACAGACACCUCCCUCCAAAAACGCUACACAACAAUCUCAAUCCCCUCAACCUACGGCCGCCUCAACUCAAGCCCGGCCGCCGGCACAGUAGUGGGCAUCGUACUGGGCAGCGUAGCAGGCUUCGUCCUGCUAAUGUACGUACUCUUCCUAGCCGUGAACCCAGGGGGUGUCGCACGGGGAGGCGUCGCAGCACCAACCUCAUCCUCGAUCUCAAUGUCGAUGUCAAUGGACGAAGAAGAGAUUGUGGAAGUGCGCAGUCGGCGCGGCUCAUCUGCUGGACGGCGGCGACGCGACGUCAUCGAGGUCACCGAGGAAAGGGAGAAUUUCCGUGAUAGUUAUCGACGUCGUCCGGUGUCGAGACAUGAUCACGUCGUUGUUGAGGAGUCUUUGGCUACUUCGACUGGGGAUGAGGAUGUUAUUGAGGUUGAGGAGGAGGAGUCGAGUGUGCCUUCUGAUGUUUCGCCGCGUCCGCCGCGGAGGUCGAGGAGGGGCGGAGUUAGACAUGUUGAUCCUAUGGCUUAUGGUGGGGGUAGUGAUUAUAGUAGUCAUCGGUGA